GGGAGAGACCAUGGGCAUCUCUGAGGAGAUCAUGGGCCUUACUAUACUGGCAGCCGGGACCUCCAUCCCAGACCUCAUCACCAGUGUGAUCGUGGCCCGGAAAGGGCUGGGGGACAUGGCCGUGUCCAGCUCAGUGGGCAGUAACAUCUUCGACAUCACUAUAGGCCUGCCAGUGCCGUGGCUCAUUUACACUCUGUUACACAACGGGGAGCCGGUGACCGUCAGCUCCAACGGCCUGUUCUGCGCCAUCGUGCUGCUCUUCAUCAUGCUCCUCUUCGUCAUCAUCUCCAUCGCUGUGUGUCGCUGGAAGAUGAGCCGGAUGUUGGGCCUCACCAUGUUCGCUCUGUACUUCGUGUUCCUCGUGCUCAGCGUCAUGCUGGAGGAUCGCAUUCUCAUCUGCCCCAUCUCCAUCUGAAGCCACGCGUGACGUAGAACAUGCAGACUGGAUCAGUGUACCGAGGGUGUUACAUAGGAGAACCCAGCCUGGUGUCAAGAGCUGAGCUGAGGCACAGUAGCCACAUUGUAGAAACAGUAAAAGAGCAGUAAUGAGGAAGACAACAUCCACCCUCAACAUAAUUUAAAAUCAUGCUGUUACAUUCACCAGAAGCUACUUUUCUGUCCCCACUUUAUUUGAGUGUUUGAAAUGUACGGAAGCCCUAGACGGCCAUGUUUCAAACUGUUUAUUGAUUAUAUUACAUUUUACAAAAUAAAUCAAAGUUAUUUAACAAUAUCUUGAUAUACAGUAAAAAAAAACAUAUAUUCUGAGGUAAUUUCAAGCUUUACACAUAUUAAACACAAUAUCUGUAGAAAUAUUUUAACAUCAUAUCCCAAGAAGCAUCUGUGAUUAUGUGCAAAAAGAAGAAACAACUGUGGACUUCCUCUUUAAGUUUACUCACUUUGAAACUGCAGUGUUUUGCUCUCCUGUACCUGCCUGUCAUGUUGUAGAAAUUAGUCCUUUUGCUACAAAUGUAUGUCAGACUAUAAAACUUUGGGCUACAAAAAUUAUGUUUUUAGAUAAGAUUAAGAUACGUUUUCUGAUACAAGUUAAACUCUAUACAUGUCACUGACAUGCAUUCAGUACGGUGGGCAGCCUCCCAGCUACUGGAUAUAUUUGGAUGUGCCUGCUCAAUUAUCAACAACAAAGAUUCACAAUCAAACUGUACUAGAAACUAAUUGAAAAAAUCAUUUCAUCAAGGUGUGUGCAGUGUUUCUCUGAUAUUGUCAUCAUAAUGCUGCAGUGACUUAAAGAGAUGAAUCCGUUACAGCAGUGAGGGUCUCUUUAGAACUGCUGGAUGCAACUCCAUUCUAUAUGACUAGUGUUCUCUCUAAACCGUGCUGUAUUCAGUGUUUAUUCAGUGCGGAGAAGAAGGUUUCUGUGAGAGGAAACCGUUCAUGUUGACACCAUCCUGUGGUGGAGAGGAACAGUGAUGUGUGUUUCGGACUGUCUUAGCUGUGAGGAAAACCCUCAGGUGUCACUGUCAGAAGUUACCGUCUUGUUAAAUUCUUUUGUUGGAUUGAAGUGGAUGCAAACAUGUAUUAUUGAUGAGAAAACUAUCAGUAUUUAAAAUUAAAAUGUCAUGCUGCAAUAAAUUAUUUUUUUAAC